GCUUGGUCUUUCUUUGUCAAAUUCAGAUCAGUGUCGCGCGGCGCACAGCGGUGUCAACUUGUCGUGUGCGGCGCAAAUUCAUAGUGUUACAGAGUAUCCACCAUCAUAUCCCAUAAGCGUUCCCAGUGUGUAAGCCCAGGCGAAGACCAACGCCGACCGAGCCUUGCCCGGGAUCAACACGGAUCAUAAGAUAUCUAGAUAGAGGAGCUCGUUUUGGAUACUUUUGCCGUUAGCUGUUAUUUUUUGCCGUUGUCAUUACCGAUACCGAACCGAUCCCCACCCGUUUCGGAGCCCAUCCCGUAUAGCCGCUGAACUGAGGAAGCGCCAGCUGCCAAAGCGCGGAAGAAUGCCGACCAUAACCGAGGAUUGCAUAGAUGGAUUCCAACAGUAUUACUCAAGGCCCCCCGAGAGGCCCAAGAAGAAGUCCCUAAAGCAGAUGGUCUACGAUUCGGAGGACAACUCCUACUUUGGACGAUCCAUAGACAGUUGGGCCAAAAUCGGAAUUUUCUAUGUGGCCUUCUACGGAGUCCUCGCCGCCCUGGUGGCCAUCUGCAUGUGGGCUUUCUUCCAAACCCUCGAUCCUCGCAUUCCGAAGUGGACCCUUAACCGCUCCCUGAUCGGCACAAAUCCAGGUCUGGGUUUCCGACCCUUGCCACCCGUCGACAACGUGGAAAGCACUUUGAUCUGGUACAAGGGCACCCAGCACGAGAACUACAAACACUGGACAGACUCCCUAGAUGAUUUCCUUGCGGUUUACAAAGUACCCGGAUUAACCCCCGGUCGUGGUCAGAACAUCUACAACUGCGACUACAACCAGCCGCCGCCGAAGGGUCAGGUUUGCGACGUGGACAUCAAAUCGUGGUCGCCCUGCACCAAGGAAAACAACUACAGCUACCACAAGAGUGCGCCUUGCAUUUUCCUCAAGCUCAACAAGAUCUACGGCUGGGUACCACAGUACUACAACGAUUCUCGGGACUUGCCCGAAUCCAUGCCUUUGAGCUUGAAGACCUACAUUGGAGAGGUCCAGAAGACGCAGCCAGAAAAGCUAAACACCAUUUGGGUUUCGUGCGAGGGCGAGAAUCCAGCCGAUCAGGAGAAUAUUGGGGCCGUCAAUUACCUGCCAAUCAGGGGAUUCCCCGGUUACUUCUACCCCUACCAGAACUCCGAGGGCUACUUGAGUCCUUUGGUGGCCGUGCACUUCCAGCGCCCCAAACGCGGAAUCAUCAUCAACGUCGAGUGCAAGGCUUGGGCUCGCAACAUUAUACACGAUCGCAAGGAGAGGAUCGGUUCGGUUCACUAUGAGCUCCUCAUCGAUUAAUAUGUUUAACACUAUUACCUAUAACAUAAUGUAAACCAGAAGAAUCUCCGAUGAGCAAGAAUCUCGGUACCAGAGGGGUGAGGACGUCGUUGAAUAUCGUCUAGACAAUCCUACCAGAGGCAAACCACCACAUGUUGUAGCAAAAAAUUGUGAAUGGUUCAGAUUUCCGAUUGUAAUUUAAAUUCAAAAUUGUUUUGUUGUAUUAUUUCUUCGAAAUAUUAAAUCAUAAAGUAUAAUCAAGACUUGCGAUGCCUAUAAUAUACAAAUUUUCAAUUUCAAUUUUGUAUGCACUUUACGAUGAAAGUUACACAUUAGAUUAUAAAGCUGAACACCAAGAUGGAAAAUAAUUGAACGGGAUGGCAAAAAUAGCCAAUCCUGAAUCUCAUUAAGCUCUGAACAUAAUACCAAUCAAAUGCAACAAAUUUACAGCAAUUAAUCCAAACUGCCAUUUCCAAUAAAUCAACAAACGAAAUCUUUAGAUAUUAAAAUUUAUAACGAAAAUUUUAAGAUUUCAUUUUUGAGUCUGCUAUACAUGUAACCAAAACAGACCAAUUUUGUCAACCAAAAACAAAGUUUAAUAUUUACAGCUAGCUUCAGAAUAUACCAUAUUUAUAAAUAACAUAGUCAAACGUGAAAGCUCUAUACAUCACACCUUUGGUCAAAAACAACAUUUGGAAA